AUGCCGCCCAAGAAGGUGUCGCUGCCGCCCAACCCGCCGCCGCAUGCGUCGCAGAGCAUCCCGCUCCAGUACACCACCUUCUUCUCCGUCGCCCCCCUCAACGCCAAGAACGUCGCCUCCUCCUACCUCAAGACGGAAGCGCAGACAUGGAUCGCCCGCGCACAGUCCGCAUCGCAGUCGCAGCCGCAUUCCAGAAAGAGGCGCAUCGAUGCGCUCAGGGAUGCCGCAGACGCCGCCCCGGAUGCCAGUAUGAAUCUCGACGACGACGACGACCUCGAUGCCAACGACGGUGAAAAGGAGGCGGCCGAAAACACGCCCGCCCACCGCACCAUCGUCAUCCAUCCAGGCUCCGAAUCCCUCCGACUCGGUCGAGCAACCGACCUCUUCCCGAUCGUCAUCCCAAACGUUAUUGCCCGUCGUGCCAAAAAGUCGUCAAGCUCUACCCACCAGACUGCCGGCAGCUCCAAUGCCAACGGCACCCCAGCCGAAGCUAGCGAGGGCGAGGACGCCGACGUAGACAUGACCGACGCUAGCGAGUCACCAAACAAGCUCGACCAAGAUGCUGGCGAUGCGGCCACGUCGUUGCGCAAGAACCCACGUAGGUCAGCGGCCAAUGCGCCCGCACAGCAAGAGCCCUCCUCGGACGCCUCGCAGGACGACGCCGACGCAGAGGUCACACCAAAGCGCUCGCUCGCAGACGGCAUCGAAGCCAUCCGCAACGACCUGCGCGCCAUCAUGCGCCAGGAAAAGCUGCGGUCCGUCGGCAACGCAAAGAACCUCGCCGCCAACUACAACGACAGCAGCCAGCCCGAAGACGUGCCCGAACACAACGAUCUCUUCGGCCUGCAGUGGACCGACGAGGAUGCCGGUGGCGACAACGAGGUGCUGGUGGGUGAGCAGGCGCUGCGGCUCGCGUGCUUCUCCCAGCCCAAGACCGCAGAGCCAAAGCAAAACCAGCGCCGACAGCAGCAGCAGCAAUCACAAGCCGCAUCCAUCAAGCCGCUCUCGCCACCCGACGCACACCGUCCGUGGACGCUCUUCCGCCCCUUCCAGCGCGGCACGCUCGACCUCAACACGUACGAACAACACUACGGCGCCUCGGCAGCAGCACGCGCACUGCUCGGAGACGUGCGCUGCAUUCUCGAGAAGGCCAUCACCUCGCCGCCCGAGGACACCGACGAGCGCCAGGAGACGGGCAAGGUGGCUCCCAUCGGCCUCGGCAUUCCGCGCACCGAAUUUGCGGGCUGCUCGGUCAUCCUCAUCGUGCCGGACCUGUUUUGCAAGUCGGACAUCAAGGCGCUCACCGAGCUGCUGCUCGUCGACAUGGGGUUUGCGCAGGCGUGCAUCCAGCAGGAGAGCGUGUGUGCCACGUUUGGCGCCGGCCUCUCGACGGGCUGCGUGGUGGACCUGGGCGCCGAAAAGAUCUCGGUGUCGUGUGUGGAGGAAGGGCUGGUGCUGCCCGAGACGCGCGUGCAGCUGGCGUACGGCGGUGCGGAUCUGACGCGCUUCCUGGGCGAGCUGCUGGUGCGCGCCAAGUUUCCCUACCGCGAGCUGGACGUGCGCGCGAGCAUCGCCGACACGUUGCUGCUCGACGAGCUCAAGCGCCGGCUGGUCACGCUCAACCCGGCGGACGUGGGGCUCAACAUCCACGACUUUUACCUGCGCCUGCCGUCGAGGCCGACCAAGAAGUACCUCUUCCGCACGUACGACGAGCUGAUCCUCGCGCCCAUGAGCCUGUUUGACCCGUCCGUGUACGGUCUGGACGCCAAGAGCUCGCUCAAGCGCAGGCAGCGCGCGGGGUAUGUGGAGGAAGAGGCAGAGGACGGCGUGGCGGAAGACACGCCCGAGCUGAGCGUCGUGCGUGGGCUCGACGUGCCCGUGACGGCGGCCAUGACGAGCUGCGUGAAGCAUCUGUUGCCUGCGGACCCCACGCCUGCGCCGGCACCGGCGGUGUCGGCACCCGAUACGGGCGCAGUGGCUUCCGAGGCCGGCACGCCCGCGCCUGCCGCCGACGACAAGGCCAAGCCGAAAACCGCGGCGGCGCUGGCGGAUGCUGGAAGCACCAGCGCGAUGGGCUCGCGUGCCAGUUCGCCUGCCGCCAAACCGGAGGGUGCGGACGGUAGCAUGCUCCCGUCUGCCGACGCUUCUGCGCGGCCGUCGCCUGCGCCUCAGAACGGCACCACCGCCGUCGCCGCGGGCGCUGUUGCAGACGAGCCCGCGCAGCCAACAGGCCCGGCUGUGCCUACGAUCGACAUCCACCGCGAGGCGAGCAAGACCGGGCUGGACACGGCGAUCCUGCAUUCACUGCUGACUUGCGUCGCUCAGUCGGGCUCCGACGACCGGCUGCGCAAGAUGGCAGCCAACAUGCUGUGCGUGGGUGGCUCGGCGCGGAUCCCCGGGCUGGGUGCGGCGCUCGAGGCGCGGCUGGCGGCGAUGCUGGCGGCGCACUACGCGGCGGUGGCGGGCGACGCGGCGAGUGCGCCCAAGGUGACGGCGAUCCCGCCGCCGAGGGAGAUGGACCCGCAGGUGCUGGCGUGGAAGGGCAUGAGCGUGUUUGCGCGGCUCGAGGCGGCGGCGUCGGAGGCGUAUGUGCGCAGAGAGGACUGGACGCUGUUGGGAUGGAGAGCGCUCAAGGAGAAGACGCUGUUCUUGAUGACUGGAUCGAUUGGACAGGGCACGGAUGGUGGGAGUGGGAUGGGGGUGGUGGAUGCGCUGUGUGCGGGGACGAUGAUGGGGGAGCUACCGGCUAGUGAUCCGAUCUCGAUUCUUGUGGCGAAGCAUCUGCCGGCGCACGCCCGACCCGUACGCGAUCUCUCCGGCACCUGGCACGCAUCCAGCCUCGACACUACCGAAGUUUCAUGCGACGACAUUGUUCAGGCGGCGAGUACGGGCUGGUGGCGCAAGAUUGCGGUGCUUGCACGAAGCACGCUCGAGCGCCGAGGGAUGGAGUUGGACGAGGUGUUGGAGUGGUGGACCGUGCGACUUUAUGCGCUUGCCCGACUAAGGCUCCACUCGAUGCUGCGGACCGAACUCGCAGCCGUUUGGGAGGCACUUGAAGGCCAACAAGUGCCAUUUGGACUAUUGGUGCUGCGGGCGAGCGAGGCCAAGUUUAGAGGCGAUACAAGGAGCACUGUGGAACAGUAUACGGUGCUUAUCCACGUGUGCAAGAAAAAGCAAGGAGAGGCAUGGAGGCGCAGGGCAGUAAGGCUGGGCAUCAUGCUCGCGUUUACCCUGGCCGAGACGAGGGAUUAUAAUGCCGCCAUCAAUGUGCUCGAUCCGUUGGUUGAAAGGGCUCUAGCGGAGGAGGAGCAAGGUGUGCAGUUGGUCGUGGUGGCGGCAAGGAUCUGGAUCCAGGCGGGAGAUGUCGAGCAUGCACUCGAGCUCGUGCAGCGCGCUGAACAACAGCUGCCCAAGCAGAGCGCUGCUCAUGCGCACAUCAGGCAGGCCAAGAUGGUCAUCGCCACCAUCAGCGGCGACUUUGCGCAAGACGACGAGGGCGAGCGAGUGGUGGCGACACUCAACCGCGCAGUGGUGCAGUUCUACCGCGCCCAGCUCGACGCGGCCAUCGCCACACUCGAUGCACAGCUCGAGGCCGAACCGGCGCUGGUGGCGAGUGCGGACGCGGUGGUGUUCAAUACGGCUACGCUCUACGAGCUGGCGGCGGGCGACGAGACUGCGGUGGUGGGCAGGAAGAGACAGCUGCUCGCCACCAUCGCCCGAUGGGCCGCCGAACCUGGACCCACGAGCUCAGCGUUCAAAUUGUAA